CCCGCCUCCCGCUCCCUCCUCGCCGCCCUGGUUCUCCUGGGGCUGGGGCAGGUGGUCUGCAGCGUCGCCCUCUUUCUCUACUUCCGAGCUCAGAUGGAUCCUACUAGAAUUUCAAAAGAACACGCACACUGCGUCAGGACACUUUUUGGACAUCAAGAAAAUACCGAUUUGCAUGAUACAACCUUUGAAAAUCAAGAAGGGAAGUUAAUGCCAGAAUCCUGUAGAAGCAUGAAGCAGGCUCUCCAAAGAGCUGUGCAGAAGGAGGUGCAGCGUGUCAUGGGAAGAGUGCCACCGAGACCAGAAAAAGCUGCAAUGGAGGCAUUAGGAAUGGAUCUGUACAAGAGGAACAAACCUGAGAAGCAGCCGUUUGCCCAUCUUAUUAUUGAUGAUAAGAAUAUUCCAUCUGGAACUCGCAAAGUGAACCUCACGUCCUGGCAUCAUGACAAAGGCCAGGCAAACUUAUCAAAUAUGACAUUCAAUGAUGGAAAACUAAUUGUUAAUCAAGAUGGUUUUUACUACCUAUAUGCCAACAUUUGUUUUAGACAUCAUGAAACUUCAGGAAACCUGACUAAGAGAGGGCUUCAGCUGAUGGUUUAUAUGACUAAGACAAACCUUAAAAUAAGGCGCUCUGAUGUGUUGAUGAAGGGAGGAAGCACCAAAUACUGGUCAGGGAAUUCAGAAUUUCAUUUUUAUUCUGUAAAUGUAGGAGGGUUUUUUAAAUUAAAAUCUGGUGAAAUGAUAAGUAUCCAGGUAUCAAACCCAUUGCUACUGGAUUCAUCACAAGAAGCAACUUAUUUUGGGGCGUUUAAAGUUAGGGAUUUAGACUGAAUCUUUUUUUAGUGUGCUGAAAACUGUUUGAGUUUUCAGUGAUCCAGAAACAACUUGAAGACAGAACUGAAUAUCUUUUGCAACCCAAUUGCAUCUGUAUAAGCCAUAUAUCUCUAAAGACACGGUUUUUUGCCCUGUGCUGACUCCAGCAGGAGUCCCACAAAUGCAUAGAAGGGCAAAAUUACAUAGUUCUCCUGAUUCAGUCUUACAGCAGUUUUACUUCAUAUGUCUCCACUGGCUUCAGUAGAGUCAUUAUGACUUUUACAUUGGUGUAGUUGAAAUCAGAGCAAUUAAUAUUAUUGAACUUCUGUUUCCAAGUUCUGCCCUGACUUUCUAACCUGUGCUACUCGUACUAGUUUUGGCGCAAACAUAAGGCAGGGCAGAACUUGGCUCCCAACUUGCAUUUAGGGCUCAGUUUUGCUUGGGGUUGAGCGUUCUGACCCUGAGACAGCAAAGGUUAUGAAAGUAUGACUAAUCUCAUUGCAUUUGAUGUGGCUUUUCACAUGCUUAGUUAAGUCUGUUCUUGCUUUGCUGG